CUGUGUAGUACCUCUAGUAGGAUAAAAAGACCAAAUAGAAUUAGAUCCUGGGCAGACUCACAUUCUUCAGCCCCAAUUAUCAAGUUUUUUGACUAUCGCUAUCCAGCAAGCGACCAUAAACUAAGAGGCUACGACGUGAAGAAGAACAUGAGAAUGCGACGUGUCAAAAGUAGUACUAAGCGGCACUAUAAUUUGUCUAGCAGGAGCACUAGUUUCUUCUCAGCGACUUUUGACGACGACCCGGGCAAAGAGUAAACCAAGAGUCAUUUCUGACGAGACGAACUCGAACACGGACUAACAGGAGCUUCUAAAGCAACGACGACCUACUAAGGGCGACUCAGAAACACAAACAGAACCAGCAUGGCGGACCCCGACCAGCCCGAGGUGGCCGAGGAGCAGGCCUACGAAGUGGAAGCGUUGCUGGAACACAGAAUCCUCGAGGGCAAGGACUACUUUCUAAUCAAGUGGGUAGGUUACGACGACCCGGACUUCGUGCCAGAAGAAGACUUGGGCGAUGCGUAUAUAUUACUUUAAAAAUAACGACCACAGCUGUUGACGUCUUAGUCUUUUUAUUACUUUUUGUUUAUGAUUUCGUUUCAGCUUUUUCUUUUCAACCAGUAUGAGAAUGAGUAUCUAUGAUCUUUGCUGAACCACAUAAGAUGAACAAGAAGUCGUGCCUGCAACAAGUUCAUCAAAGCGAUCUUCAUGGUGCAUCCAACCAUGAAAACGAAAAUAAAAAUCCAAAUCCAAAUCAUACGACCACUGCAGUGACUGGCUGGUCGCUCAAAAGGCGGAGUUGAAAGCCCGCACGGCGUCGCUGAUCGCCACGGGGCAAAUUCAACCGGAUGAGGAGGGUAUUGACCACGAGUUUCUCGGCACCGCCGGGCUUUCCCAACAAGAGCAGCAGCGCAUUAUCUCCCCAGCAAACGCAACUCACGAUGGCGACCGUCGUGGUCGGUCCGCACGCCGCAACCAGGAAGACCCGGCCCGGGCGAGUAAGCGGCGAAAACGGGCAGGGAAAGAAGAAGACGAGGACGCAGGAGAACUGCAACCAGAUAACAAGAAGGAGAAAAACCAGAACAAGCAAGCGAAAAGAGAUCGGGCGAAGUCUGCGAGGUCAGUUGUAGAAGAGCAUGAUGGGGGGCCGUUUGAGCUGCAGAACCAGAAAAACCGGAAGGACAAGUCGAAGAGUAAAAAACGAGCAGAGUCGGGGACAACUUCUUCGCGUCCUCGCGGAGCAGUAGACGAAGUGGAAGCUGCUUCUUCGAAGCGGGACAAAAAAGCAGAUGCUGGUGGUCAACAACAGCAGAAACGAAAAAGGAAGCAAGAAGACGAAUCCAGUUCGUCGGACGAGUCUGCCUCAGAAAGCGAAGAUGAGAGCAGUAGCAGCGAAGAACUUCCGGGUCCAGGGAAAGGGUUGAAGGGGGGAAAACUCGGACCCGGCGGAGCAAUGGGGCCCUUUGCUGGGAAGGCUGGUAAAAAUCGCUGCUUGUUGUACAAGCUUUCUCGGAUAAUGAAUUUCAAUUUAGACUCUUGGUUCUACAUGCAGUAUUUGAAAGAACAAUGUGUGUUCAGAUGCAGGCUUUUCGUUUUCCUCCAGUUUGAAAGAGAAAAAAACUUCCAGGCGUGUUUGGCAAGGGCAUUCCGCCCAUGAUGGCGUCCGCGGGUAUUAAGGGCGGGAAGGGAUUCCCC